UUCAUCAAUCACACGCUUCCCCUGCCCUUGCAUAUGUGGGUAGGUUUGUUUGUGCCGACUUCAGUUCGUACAUACCUAGGUAUGUAGUAUGCUCAGGCAUUUGAAUAUCCUCAGAAUCGCGAUUUCUAAGCUUUACAUACACUCUAUCAACGACCCUUACGUCUUCAGGCUCCGAAUACAACCUCUAGCUAGAUGUGAUAACCUAAUCUUCAUCCGGGAAGACUUAUAAGCAAUCAAACAGGUGGCUAGUACCGCGUAAGUGUAUUAGGUAGAAAGGGUAGAAAUUGAAAAAGAUGGGUUCUAUCAAAGUCAUCAAAACCCUUGGCGUGGGAAAGGGCAUCACAAUGGACAUCACCGUAGACGAAACCGAACCAGAAGAUUCAAUCAACAGAUAUGCUAUGGACACAACUUGUACCGGUGAAGAAACUCUUUACAUCCCGGGACAUUGGCAUAAGGACCAUGCGGAGCAUCUCAGCGUUCUUAAGGGUAGAAUCCAAGUGACCCUGAACGGAGACAAAAUCAUUCUAAAGGCAGGUGAUCCGGCCUUACUUGUGCCUCGCCGAGCUGUCCAUAGUCUCAAGAGUUUCGAAGGUGAGGAGCUCGUUUUCCGUGAGAGACCUGAGCCUGCGGGCAUGUACAAAGCCAUGUUCUUCAACGACAUCUUUUCGACAGGGAAAUUUGGGGGCUUUUGGCACCUCUUGAGGGUGUUUUACGAUUGGGAGACAUAUCUCGCUUUACCGUUAUACUUCCAAUUCUUCGAUGAAGUGUUCAUCACGAUAUUUGGUGGCAUUGCGCAUCUGUUCGCCCCCCGGAAGCUCAAGAGUCUAUAGCACCGAAAAUGGUGAUUACCUAUAAAGGGGCUGGGUUAUCUCAGGGGUCCAGAUGUAGAUUUUCUCAUAAAUUUUAAGUGUUAGAAAAAGAUUCUUGUAAAAUGAGCCCCCAUAGAGAAAAGAUGCCACUAGUCUACGC